UUUACAUGUGGAAUUCUAUUUUUUAAAAAUAUAUUUUUAUUAAAAAUUAAUUUUAUAUUUUUCUUAAUUUUAUAAAUUAUAAUGCAAAUGCUCUUUUAAAAACUUAAUAUGAGAGCAUUAGCAUUUAGUAAAUGUUUUUCUCAAAGUUUUUUUAACAAAUGUUGAUUGGAUAAUAUAGAGUAUAAUGCUAAUGUUUAUUCUUUACCAGUCAAGGCUUAAGUGUAUUGUUGUCUAAUAUAUGCCACAGUAAAUAUCUAGUUUAAAUAUUUAAAUAAUGAUUAAAAAAAUUUAUUACCAUGCAAGAACGAAUCCUAAUCUUAUUUCCAUAAGAAAAUAAAAUUUUGUCUUGAGUCGAAUCAAUUUACAAAAAAAAUUUUGCUUUUCAACUUUCAUUUAGUUCUUUUUAUCAUAUCGCCAAAUUAAAUAAUCAGGCCAAUCAGACCAAAUUAUACAUACAAGAUAAAGAGAAUGGAUAAAAGGAUUCCCAUAAGAUGAGGAAAGAAAACAUAUAUUAUAGUACAAAAGUGGUACUCCUCCCUCUGUAUCAUUUAGUUGGUGUUUAAGGUUUUUACACAAAAAUUAAGAAAGUGCAAAAUUUUAUAUAGUUUAUCUUGGUUACAUAAAAGUAACAAUAAAUAAAAUUAGUUUAACCAAUAAGAAAAAAAAUACAAUAUUUUAUAAUUGGUCACAAUUUUUUAACGACAUUAAAUUUUAUCUAGAAUAAUGAGAACAUCACAUAAUAUGAAACAAAAUUAAAAUCCCUAAACAUCACUUAAAGUGAUACUAAGGGAGUAUAUAAUAAAAAUUAUAUUUUGAUAUAUUAAUUUAGUUAUAUUCAGUGACUAUUGAGAAAUUCAACGCACUUGAAGCAUGACUUUGUUCUCAAUAUCUUUUGGAGAUCACAUAGCUCUUAUAGAUAUUAUGGAGAAGUUUAUGAUAAAUAUCUAACUUACAUGUUAAAAUAAUUUGUAAAUCUUUUUUUCAUAAAAUUCCCGCGCAAGCAUGAAGCAUAAUGUUAUUUUCUAUAAGAAAAUAACUAUACUGACAUGAGACAAAUCAAUUUUUCAAAAAAAAUUAUUUUUUCCUUCUUCCAACUAGUUUUUUCUCAUAUGAUCAAUCAAAACAAAUUACAUACAUUAAUCAAACCAAAUUACAUGCAUGAUAAAAUGACAAACCGAAGGGAUAAUCAGGUUCCUAUAACAUUAAUAAAGAAAAAAAUAUAUAUAAAGAAAAAUAUAUACUAGUGACCAAAUACAAUACACAUAUAUAUAUAUAUAUAUAUAUAUAUAUAUAUAUAUAUAUUAGGAAAUAAAAUAAUAUUAUUGACCAAUACUGAAGUAGAAUAAAAUAUGUAUCAUAAAACUCUAUAUUUGACAGUUAUGUUUCCAAUAAUUGAUUAGAAGCCCUACACCAUUUUUUCUUAUAAAUUGAAUCAUACUGCAUUACUUAAUUUCAUCAAACAAGAAUCAACUUACAAACAAAUCAUAUCUUGGACAUCUAAGUCUUCUCUUAAUCAUAUCUGAAAAAUCCAAGUAUAUUCAUCAUGUCGAUUAAGAAUGUGUACUUUAUUCUAGUGAGUAUAUGCAUUGCCUCUUCCGUUAAUGCUCAGUUACCGCAGUUUCCUUUUCCGCUUCCAUUUCAACCAAGUCCUGGUACACCAGGAUUUCCCUUUCCAUUUCCAUUUCCGUUUCCAUUUCCAUUUCAACCAAGUCCCGGUGGUAUGCCAGGAAUUCCUGAUAUGAGAAAAUGUUGGUCAACAUUUAUGGAUAUGCCUGGAUGCUUUGCAGAGAUCAGACAAUCUAUUAUCACUGGAAAAUUUGGUAGUAUAGGUCCAGCUUGUUGUAAAGCUUUUUUAGAUGCUGAAGCCAACUGCACACACAAUCUUCCAUUCAACCCAUUUUUCCCUCCUAUGGUAAAGGAACAAUGCUCCCGAGCUGCUGAUCCUCCAACGACAUUGUAGGAUUAAGUAUUAGCUACGUGAAAGAUUAAUUACAAAAAAGAAGGCGGUGAUCUAAUAACAGUAUUGUUGCAUUUCCUAUGUUUGAGUCAACGAAUAACAAAAUCUUUAAGCAUUUCAUCUAUUCUAGUAAUAUCUAUUAUUGAAGUUAAAGAAUCAGACAUAUAAAGCAACAUAUUUUGAGAAAUGUAUGAAUCUCAAAACAUGUACAAUGUUUGGUUGAUGAAUAAAUCCUUGAUCCUUUUAUGUCACAUUAAUCAUACAUUAUACAUUUCGUAACUUUCGAAGUUGUUUAUUUAUAUUAGAUGCCAAUACUUGUUUUUAUGUCAAAUGAUUUAUACAUAUGCUUAUUAUUAUUAUAUGAUAAAGAAUAUUUAUGCAUAUAUACAUAUGCUUAUUAUUAUUAUAUGAUAAAGAUCAUACAUACAAUAUGUAUUUAUUUGAUAUGAUGGUUACUCAAUGGUAAUGAUUGAAGAGAACAUGGAUCUUUUGUUGAAUAUAGAUGAAAACUCUGUGAUACCAUAAUAAUUAAGGUCAUUCAUCCCUUGGAUUCAUCGGUUAUGGAAAAACCGAAAUUUCAUCAUGAUCUUGGCUGGAAACAAAGAUGAUAUUAGACUUGUGGUAUUGAGAGCACAAGAGGAAGCGAAACAGUUGACUGAGAUAAUUAAUAGAGUAUUCAUGCCUGGUGCACAACCAAUUUGGAGUGACAAUGGACAAUACCAAAGCUGAAUAUAGGCAACUGCCAGUAUUCAUUCGCCGUGGGUUAAUGCCUCGGCUUUGAGUGGUGUUGCUUGGCUGUUGAGUGAUCAGUCUGGUCAGGUUUUGUAUCACAACAGAGAAGCAUUUACUCUCACGAACUGCCAAAUUUCGGUUACGUUGAAGCCUACUUAGUUUGGCUGUUUGUGUUGCAAGAUAUUCACAUCAGUCAAGUAAAAUUCGUAUCUAAUGAUAUGACGGCUCACACUAUGUUUUUUUCUAAUUAUGUUGGCUCACGGCUUUGUUCGCAUAUUAUAAAUAGAAAGACAAUGCUCUAUUAAUCGCUUACAUUAUUCAACACAUUUGUCUGUUUUCUAUAAAAGUAGGAUAAGACAUGCGCCUUGUGCAGGGUAAAUUUAUAUGAAAAUUAUUUAAGAAAUAUCGUAUGGAAAAAAAAUUUAUAUUAUUGACCGAAUAAAUAUAUUUGGCUUUUAAACAAUUUUUUAAAAUCUUUUUUGUUGAUUACAUAAUUUUUUUACUAAUGAACUGAUCCCAUUUUUAAAAAUAUUUUAGGUCAAAAAAUUAUUUAUCGCAUAAAAACCUAACGUUUAGGCCGGAGAAUCUCAUGAUGUCUAUUAUUUGGUUACAAUGAAACUAUGUCAGCUCAGUUUAAUAUCAUGAUUUAGCAAUUUAAAAUUUAAUUAUGGUUAUGUUUACGUUCGCGUGUCAA